CUGCCCGACUCCAAGCUCCCCGGGGACAAAGAGUUUGUAUCGUGGCAGCAGGACCUGGAGGACUCCGCGAGGCCCGCACAGCAGGCGCGGCCCACCGUGAUCCGCUGGUCCGAAGGCGGCGAGGCGGUCUUCAUCUCUGGCUCCUUCAACAACUGGAGCGCCAAGAUCCCACUGAUUAAGAGCCAUAACGACUUUGUGGCCAUCCUGGACCUCCCUGAGGGAGAGCACCAGUACAAGUUCUUUGUGGACGGACAGUGGGUUCACGAUCCAUCGGAGCCUGUGGUUACCAGUCAGCUCGGGACGAUUAACAAUUUGAUCCAUGUCAAGAAAUCGGAUUUUGAGGUGUUUGAUGCUUUAAAGCUCGAUUCCAUGGAAAGCUCGGAGACUUCCUGUCGCGACCUUACCAGCUCACCCCCAGGGCCUUACGGUCAAGAAAUGUAUGUGUUUCGAUCCGAGGAGAGAUUCAAGUCUCCGCCCAUCCUGCCUCCUCACCUUCUUCAGGUUAUUCUUAACAAGGACACUAAUAUUUCUUGUGACCCAGCCUUGCUCCCCGAACCCAAUCACGUUAUGCUGAACCAUCUCUACGCCUUGUCCAUUAAGGACAGCGUGAUGGUCCUUAGCGCGACCCAUCGCUACAAGAAGAAGUAUGUCACCACUCUGCUGUACAAGCCCAUCUGAAGGGACCCCUUCCUGCCUCCCAGGAUUCAGAAGCGUCGCCCUUGCCUUUCUGGGCUGGACCAGUCUUACUUGAGACUGGAAGGCUAAUUUGCUUUGAGGCUGAUGUGUGUGUUUCAGAGCCUCUGAGAAAGAUGCUCUGCUUUUGCAUUUGUUGAAGAUGAGAGCUUUAUGAAUUCACGGAAUUUAUUUUAAGAAAAAAAAUUUACACAUAUAUACACAUGUGAGAGGAAGGUCAAUGGAAGCCCCCUAGCUAGAUAUAGUCUCUUGGCCUAUGGGGCUCACCACACCCUGCUUGGGGGUCGCAGGAAGAAGCAUUCACUACAGGAAGUAUUUUUCCUAAAAUGAAUGGGAUCCCUGGCGGGCGGAGAGUCUGUCGCCACGACCUGGGCUCUCCAGGGGGCGUACGUGGGCGGGACUCCUGCCCGGCUCACAGCUGGCUCCUUGCAUGGGUUUCUGUGUUCCCAGAGCAUGUGGCACAAUCUGUUCGUCUGACGGUACCAGAUGCCCACAGCACCCUUUCCUCUCAUUUCACAGUCUCACUUUGAUAACCGUCGGGUCCUGUCCCUGAGCCUUGCUCAUUGGGUCAGUGACCCCUUUAUCAAAGGCGGUGUGAGACCUGACGCCCCCCCCUCAGAGACUAGGGCUGCCGGGAAGUCCCCUGUAGGGCACGGCACAGGCCACCCCGUGACUGCUUGUUUUAACGUCUAAGGAAAACAUGGCUCGGCGCGGCCAGAGGGCGGGAAGGCGGGCCUGCGACUUGUUCGGCUCGAGGCGGCAGCUCCGGCUGCCUGGCACACGCCCGCGGGUCUUCCCACCCGGCCUGGCCCUGCUUCCUUGUUCUCUUUUGCAGAGUAGACAGCUUUGAAGGUGGCAGUGGAGCCAGGGCACACGUUCAUGUCCUUCGUCCUUGUAAGAUCUUUAUGUGCCUGCAUUUUCCUUUAAUUAAGAAAUACCUUUUCAUUGGUCUUAAGAAACUGCAAAGGAGAACUUCAGACUCUUAACGAAAGGUUGCCAGCAUCUCUCGUCUAGCCCUCUACACAUAAAUCUCACACUAAUGUGUCUGACCCUAGCCACACCAUUACAGCACACACUGCUUUCCAUGAGGCUUAUUCAGACUCAUCGGGUGGACCUGAAAGGUUCCCUCAACUGAAAGACUCAUUAGGCCAAGAAUCGCGAAGGCACCCUUGGCGUUCCCAGCCACAGAAAGUCCUUCUCCGCCGCACCAGUGCUAACAGGAUCAGGAUCGUUUCUCUGCCUCUUUUUAAGUGUUUGAUGAUGAGGUGGGGUCCAUGACUUCCAUUUGUGAAAUGAAAAGUAGGUAUUCAAUCCACUUUUGGGGUUCAGAGAGAAAAUAUUUUCUCCCAGGUGUCUGUGGCUCCUCCAUUACAGAUAAAUGCGAGUCAAACGUUCGCACCGAAAGCCACACCUGAUGCUUGCGAGACUCCCUGACCUCUAAGACGGGCCCAGCCACCCUGAAAGGGCGCCCACAGGUCAGUUGAGCUACCUCCUGCCUUCCCCAUACGGAGCCGAGGACAGAACUGUCCGGCAAGUACGUAGGCUUCUUAGAUCCGGGCCGAGGCAGGAGGCGGGGGCGGCUGUGCCGGAAUGCGAGUUGCUCGGUGCUGUGGCGGUUACCGGCUGAGAGUAAAUGCUGCGUUGGCCACUCAAGGCCACGUUCUGCAGGAGGCUUUCGUGGAGAACUUUCAUGGUCCCAACCACUUUUUGAAUGGGGUGCCAUUUUAAAUACCUUGGCCAAAUCCUAUUAUAAGCAGGAUCUCGGGAUCUACAGUGUCUUCAUUUAGACUAGAAUUUUGUUUUUUUCCGAUACCCAUCAGUAAGUGGGCCACUUAGGAGGAUUCAAAGUCUUGGUGGUUACGUGGAGGGUUUUGUUGUACUCGUAUUUCUUGUCGGCAGUAUUGGAAUGUAACUGUCUCCGUGCCCACGUGUUAUAAUUUUUACUCCCACAGGUGUGUCAGUGGAGGUGGGCAGGAAGAGCCUCUCAGGCCAGAGGCUUCUCUGAAUUGGGUCUGGCUCCAAAGACAGUAGGUUUGGGGGCUGGUGACCUUUCCAUCUUUCUAACCUGGAAAUGUGCAGAGCGUGUCAGUCUCCCGAGGUCUGAGCUAAUAUCUCAGCCGGAUGUGGAAGGGGCGCCUACCGGCUGGGGUGGAAGGGGACUGGGAAGAGGGACUGGGUGCCGACUCGUUCAGCACUGUUCCUUCUUUGCACUGCCGAUACGCCCCAUGGCCCUGCGAAGCCCCAUCACCCUCUGUCUGUCCCCGAGAAACUUCUAGAAGGUAAGAGAGGGAAGGAGGAAGUACAGCUCGCUCAUUCUUUCAUGCUGGUUAAGAGGGAUAGUCGACCUUCUGCGGAAGAGAGUUUGGCAGGUUUUGAAAAUGGAUAAAGGCAAGAAAAUCAUUUUUUAGUUUUUUCUAUAGGAGUUUCACAGAGUCAGAAGAAGAAGGAAAUAGCUCUGGGGAGGGCUGAGCCUUGAAGAACAGCAUCAUGGUUUUGAGGCUUUGGGAGAAAGAAAGAAUGACUGAGCUGAGGAGCGAGACCAGGGAAAUAAAGCCUUGGUAACUCAGAACUAAACACCUCCUUUAAAAAUGACAUCAGACAGACCGGUGUCCUUGGACCUCAUUGUACUGAAUUUACUGAACAGAACAUCUUCCCUUUAUCUCUUGUUCCUAUUCUCUACUCUUCUAUAUUCCGCUUUAACUUCAUUUGUCAGGCAGACUUUACCAGAGUCUCAAAUCAAACCUUACCUAAAACCAGUGUUGGUCAUCUUACUGGUACGGAGAACUUUCUCAUCGUGGUCAUGAGCUGCUUUAGGCUUAGAGCUGAGUGGGAUUUCAUACCUAGCCUCAACAGUGCUGGCUCUUUAAAACGAUGCUUAUGUGGUAGAGGAGCCUAUAAAAGAACCCAAGAGACGUUUCUGAGGACCCUAUAAACCCAGGCCCCCUCACUUCCCUCCAGUUUCUAGUCUCUUGUAGACCUAAUGGGUCUGAGAGAAAGCCUUUGAAAAGUGUCGCUACUCCGUGUAUGCUGCUGAAUGAGGUCAAGUUUGGAAAGAACAGUCGCCUCCAGGCUGGGCUUACACUAAUCUGGGGUAGAAAUGAAGAAGAAAUACUAAUGAUAGGAUCCCCUGCUUUUCACUGGGGAAAUAGGGCUCUUAAAAUUUUGACCUCAACUAAAAAUAUUAUGCAAUAGUCUGUGCGUGCGUGUGAAACACAUUCUGAAUGCUCACGUUCCAGUGACCUGGGGCAUGGGCUUGCUCACAGUCACCCAGUUUGUUUCCGCUUUGUUCUGACUCAUCCUUAAAGCCAGGUCUCGCUGUCCUCUAAGAGGGACUGCAGACUCGCUGCCCAUGGGAAUGGGACAGAGGACGUGGCAGGGGAGGGGCUGCGGCCUUUCAAACCUCUGGCCCUGGGCGUGUGUCUCUCCUUGAGCGCCAGUCACAGCUGGAGGUUGAAAGGCUGUCGAUUUCUGCAAUGCACCCAAACUUUUGGAGUGAAAAGGCCAUAUCUAUUUUAAAAUUAUAGGAAAAAAGGAAUAAGAAAAAACUCAAGAGUCCGCUACUUAUGAAACCUAAGUUUUAGCAAUGGAUUUAUAUUUGGGCUUUGUCUUCAUUCGCUUUUCUCUUGUGCUUUGAAGUGAAGAUAUCUUGUUAAAAAUUAAAUUUUCUUAUUAACUUCCAGCAUUAACUGAAGUCGAACUAAGCGUGUGUAGCACAGUGCUUUCGCGGUAUGAUUGGUGUGAAAUACUAAACACUGGAUUUUGUAGUCAGGUUAAAAGGUCAAGGGAUACCUACUAUAAAUAUUACGUACUGAUCACCUGACUUUUCUUUUCCUAUCUACGGAACACUUAACCUGACUCGAGUGUGGUUUUAGAAAGCUCACUGAUAUCGUUAGUCCCGAUCGCCACACUGGGCUCAUAGGUGACACUUGUUUGAAUUUCGGUAAAUUAGAGGAUGUUGGUGGUUAUUACACUGACAGAUUUUGAGUGAGUGCAGCUCUGUCAUAAAGCGGGGGCAAGACUAUGAUGUGAGGGGAAUUAAUACCUGAGAGUCCCCCUUUAAAUGGUGCUUUUUGGAACCUUCCGUGCUGAGGUACAGAGCCGCUUUGCAACAUUUCACAAGGAAUGACAUACAAGGACAGGUUUUAAAGCUUGUCUUCAAAUGUAGUUUGUUACUGGACUCUGCUGUGUCUGAAAAUUAUGUGAUGUAACACAUUCUGAAAUGUCAGGGUUUUUUCCCCAUAAAGCUACUGAAUAAAAGUAUUAUACAGCAAUA